AUGUAUUCCGCUGCACGCGUGACCAACUACUACUCGAUCCUGGGUAUCUCUCAUAACUCAACUCUAAAGGACAUCAACAGCGCGUACAAGAAGCUCGCACUGAAGCAUCACCCGGACAAGCAAGGCACCGGCAGUGCAGAUGUCUCUAACGACGAGUUCCAGAAGAUCCAAGAAGCCAUCGAAACCCUCCGCGAUCCCAUCCGGAAGCAAGAGCACGACGAUAGCCUUCGUCGAGCUGGAUACUAUUUCCAUUCAACCCCGUUUGCAUCUGACGACGAGUACGAAGACUGGGAAAAAGGAACUUGGAGACCUACGAGCGGGAAGCGCUACUGCGAUCUCACCGAUCCUAUGGAACUGUACAAGUACAAGUACGGCCAUAGUGUUCAUAUGGAUCCAUUCGCUCCUGAGUCUCUGGUAGAGAAAGCUCGCGUGGAGAUUGAGAUAAGAGUAGGUGAACAGUUGAAGAGAGAGGCGGAGGCCGCGGAAGCUGCUGCGGCUGCGGGUGGUAUGAGAAGUGGGAAUGGAGAUGAUGAAGGUGAGGAAGAUGAAGGAGUUGAGGACGACGGUGGCGUUCUAUUUGAGAAACCCCAGCAUUUUCAGGACAUCCUGGAGUAUCUUCGCAAUCAGGAAGCUGCCAGUGUGGAAAAGAGAAAGAUGGCGAUGAAGGCUAAUGUCGAUAAGGAUGAGGAGAGGCUGAGGAACGGGGAGGACGAAGAAGAGUUCGAACAUGAUGAGAAAGAGUUUGCUCGUGGCUACGGCAAUGAAUAUUGCUGGAGAUCCCAAGAGGCUGGGCCCGAUGUUCCCAGAGAGUGGCACGAAAACUUUUACUACAACGAAGAAGAGGCCGCCUACUACGGUGGAGAUGAGGAUGAAGGUGAGGGUGAAGGCGAUGAGGAGGAAGAUGAUGAGGAUGACGAAGAAGAUGACGAAGAAGAAGAUGACAACCGCCGUGGAGAGAACCAGAAUGACGAUUUUGAGGACGAGGACGAAGAUGAUGAGCAGCCCCAAGGCCCAGGAGCAGGAGCACCUACUCAGCACCACGGCAAUUCCUAUGAUGUGGAUCGCUACGACGAUGACGGGUACUAUCACUCCGAUGAGGAGGACGAUUGCUACGACGAUGGCGGCCAUAACAAUGGAGCAGACAUUUAUUUCUUCAAAUUCUCUCACACUGCGAGCGAACAGCCUGCCUCGAGCUGCUCUGACAGCACCGAGUACGUGACCGCCAAAUGUGCUAGAGAAUCGGAUGAUGAAUCUGUCCUGGACGAAGCUGGCGGUGUCUGUGUCACUCAUUAUAUGAGCAACAAGCCCCAGCCAACCGACUCAAGCAUCUUCUCACCCAGUUCUAUAAAUCUUCCUUCCUCCCCCUCUGUCAUGCCCUUACUCACCUCCCCCUCCAUCAAACUCAACGCGACCGCUAACAUCAACAACGGCGACCCGCUCCUCUUCCACUUCUACUCAAAACUCGACGACCCAGGCAACAGCUAUACAAGCCAGGACUUCGUUUUCGAGCUAACUGGCAUGGUCUUCGACAUGUACUGCGGUUGGCUAGAAUGUGUCCGCCUCACGUUCCCGGAGGCGAAGCCGCUCACCAAGGAGCAGCAAGACACAUCGGCUUGCCUCCACCUGGGCGGUUGGGAGAAGAGAUUUGGCCGGGACAAGUGUAAAGGGUGCCAUCUUCGACAGCCGCUUUACAUGCUUAAUUGCCCUGGAUGUGGGAUUGAGAAGUGUGUGGGGUGUAGGUUGACUGCUGCUGCUGCUGUGGGUAAGGGGGUGGGGGAUUUGCUGGAGGGAUGGGAUGUUACUGCGCUGGGCUGGUAG